GGGGGAGGUCACAUGAUCUCAUCACCUCAUAUAUCAGGCGACAAACUAUAAUGCCUCAGGCGGCAACCAGAUGGCGUAUAACUAGAUAGCGCCGGGAAAACCGUUCUUCCGGCUCCCUGACCUUCCAGAAAUGCCAGGUGGCCCGCGAAUUUCAAGUUUUGUUCGCGUUGUACUCCCCCAUACUCAACGAUUUCCCCAUAUCGAAAAGUAUCCGGCAAAAUGGUGUCUGCUCAAAUUACCAACCUCGCCAUCAUCUUGGUGAUGAUGCAGCUGGCCAAGAAGGUUGCCUUUGAGGAUCCCCAGGUCCUGAUGCUGGUGCGCGGAUGCUAUAUCCUGUCUAAUGUUCUCAUCCUGGCUGUCCACCUGUACACCCAGCUUAAGAUCAACCAAAAGAAGGACAUGACAACCCUCAAGUACGUUGAGCCCGCCACGAUGGGUAGCACCGAGGAGCCCAAGCCCGUGACGACCACCAACAUGGACUACGAUAAGGCUCAGCUGCGCCAGCUGCUCCGCAGCCAGCUUAUGGGUGUCGGCAUGAUGGGUGUGAUGCACUUGUACUUCCAGUACACCAACCCCCUCCUUAUCCAGUCCAUCAUCCCCCUCAAGGGCGCCUUCGAGUCCAACCUGGCCAAGAUUCACGUCUUUGGCAAGCCCGCUACUGGUGAUCUUGCCCGUCCCUUCAAGGCCGGUGGUGGCUUCAUGUCCCAGGGCGGGCCCAAGAGCGACAAGGCCUCUAUUGAGGCCGCCGAGAAGAACUGGCGCGGUGGUGUCAAGGAGGAAUAAAUUCAAGCGCUCGGUUGCUCUGGGCCAUCAAAUGAUUCCCCCAACCUAUGGGUAUCCAGAUGGCCGACCUGGAUCAUAGCACACUGUUCAUUUCUCCCCAUUGUACCAUAAUCCAUAAUUCAUCCUAUCAAGUUCGGACCCUCCUUUUCUGGGUAGGGUCUGUCUGGACUAUAUUGUUAAUCUUUGUGAAUUCUGUGGUCAUGCCAUUUCCCCUAUAUUGUACGAUCUAAGUCCUCAAAGGACCACGUUCAGUCAUGGCACCUGUGGAGAUUGCGCCACUGGUGUAUCGGCUCCGAGUUCGCAUGCCGAUAUGGGCUGAUGAGGUCUGAGGUCUCACAGUUAACAUGGCUCAUGGAUUACCAGUGAGGCCUCCAGGCUGUUGGGUCUCAUUUCGUGAUUGGUGCCGUCCCCGGGUUGGGGCAAAAGGGAUUUAUAAUCCAGUUCUUCCAAGGUUGGAAUAUCGGAAUAUUGGGGACCCCAGUAGUUGUUAAACCCCUCAAAAGCUCAAAUAUUCCAAUAAUUCAAACCAAAAACAAAUGAAAAAAAUCUGCCAGAUCCCGUGGCCCCCAUGUGUUGAGAUACCGGUGACUCCUUUUAGGGAGGGUGCCACCAAGCUAUAAUCACCAUACUCGAUCCGUCCACCGCAGGAGUUUGAG